AUGAAACUCUUAGAUUUUGCAACCUUCGCUCUUGCGAUUGGGGUUUCCCUUGCAAGCCCAACUUCGCAUGGCCAUGUUCGUCAUGAGAAGCGAAUUGAUAUGCCGCAAUGGCUAAAACGAUCGAGAGUAUCGCCGGAUAUGACGCUGCCUGUGCGAGUUGCCAUAGCUCAGAAAGAUGUCCAUGUGGGUCAUGACCUUUUGAUGGAAAUAUCUUCCCCCAAGUCCGAAAAUUAUGGAAAGUAUUUGAGCGCGAAAGAGGUUGGCGACAUGUUCAGGCCUUCUAGCAAAUCUAUUUCUUAUGUUCGGGAAUGGCUCCACAACUCCGGCAUUGACCUGGAUAGACAUUCUGUAUCUGCUGGUCACAGCUGGCUCAAGUUUAAUGCUACUGUCCAGGAGUUGGAGUCUCUACUGCUUACGGAGUACCAUGUCUACCAGCAUCAUGAGACUAGGGAAGAGCACAUCGGGUGCAAUGAGUAUCACGUUCCGCAUGCAGUUCAGCAACACAUCGACUUUAUCACACCAGCUGUUUCUACAGUUAGAGUAUCGAGGAAGAGCGAGAACAGAAUAAUGAGACGCGCUACUCCUUCUGCAACUCAGAACGGAACUGAUAAGCUACCUUGGGCUGGGGCGGCAUGUCAUGAGGCUGUUAAGCCUGAAUGUAUCAGAUCCUUGUAUGACAUUCCCAUCAGCAACUCUAGCAUAUCUGGUAACGAGUUCGGUCUGUUCGAGGACGGCGACUACUACGACCAAGAGGAUCUUGAUCUGACUUUCGCGGCCAUUGCGCCUUAUAUCAAAAACGGAACGCAUCCAAUUCUUGAGGGAGUUGAUGGUGGCACUGCUCCCUUACCCAGCGAAGGAGGUGUUGAGUCAAAUCUUGACAUGGCAGUUAUCUUUCCACUGAUUCACCCUCAAGAUGUUAUCUUGUUUCAAGUCGAUGAUCUCAAAGCGAUCGAGACCUAUCAAGGCUUUGCAAACACAUUCCUCGACGCCAUCGACGCGGUAAGUUUUGUCAACUACCCUGAUACUGGGCCAAACCCUCCUAAUGAGACAUGGGUUGCACCAGGCACCUGGGAUAAGCCAGAGAUGUGUGGAGCCUACAAGCCGACGAAUGUCAUCUCUAUAUCAUAUGGGAUUGCAGAAGGGGCAUAUUCUUACUUUUAUAUUAAUAGACAAUGCCAAGAGUACAUGAAGCUCGGUCUCCAAGGCGUUUCGAUCAUUUACGCUUCCCAAGACAGUGGUGUGGCGUCUGGUGGUUGUAUACAUCCGGAUAAUGUUAACAAGACGACGCUUGCAGCUAAUCCUGGUGCUUUCUCGCCUGGAUGGCCUGCUGCUUGCCCCUAUGUAACGUCUGUUGGUGCGACGAAGAUCAACCCUGGAGAGAGUCUCUCCGAGAGUGCUGCCUCAAUACCCGGAGGCGACUUUUAUUCCGGCGGAGGGUUCAGUAACCACUGGCCUGCUCCAGAUUAUCAAAAAGCGACCUUAGAUUCGUACUUCACCAACACUCCUCCUCCCUAUGACAACUUGACGAUUUACGGUACACCAUACUACAAUAGAACCGGUCGAGGAUAUCCCGAUGUCUCUGCUGUCGGCGUGAAUAUACCAGUCUACGAGGCCGGAAAACCCGUCUUGGAAUAUGGCACCAGUGCUUCAGCUCCUAUUUUUGCUAGCAUCAUCAACUUGAUCAACGAGCACCGGAUAGCCGCUGGCAAGGGCCCGGUUGGAUUCUUGAACCCAGUUUUGUACCAACAUCCUGAAGCUUUUACGGACAUAUUAACGGGAAAUAAUCCUGGAUGCGGUACUCAGGGCUUCAGCGCAGUUAAAGGCUGGGACCCAGUCACUGGGCUUGGAACACCGAACUUCCUGAAGCUUCUAGAUGUUUUCAUGGCAUUGCCAUAAUUCUAGAAUUUAGGGGGUACUGCUUCCCUCAGGGCCGAUUCAGAAUCAAAGAGCGGACGGAUGAAGGAAUAGAAGGGGAUAUUAGGUAUCUUACAUAAUAUGUUCUCACUGUGACCCUAUUUUGUUAUCGAGUACUUUGUUGGGCUGACGGUAUCGCUCCUGUACCAAUGUCACGGGCUAGACCCGGGCUCAAUGUAGAAGUAGUUUAGAUAGUCAGAAAAGGAGAAUAGGAACAUCGUACAACGACAGAGAACUUUAUCG